AUGGCCUGGGCGGCGGGCGGCGGGGCCCGCGGCGCGCUGUCGGCGCACACGCUCCUGUUCGACCUGCCGCCCGCGCUGCUGGGCGAGCUGUGCGCGGUGCUCGACAGCUGCGACGGCGCGCUGGGCUGGCGCGGCCUCGCGGAGAGACUCUUGAGCAGCUGGCUGGAUGUUCGUCACAUUGAAAAGUAUGUAGACCAAGGUAAAAGUGGAACAAGAGAAUUACUUUGGUCCUGGGCACAGAAAAACAAGACCAUCGGUGACCUUUUACAGAUUCUCCAGGAGAUGGGGCAUCAUCGAGCUAUCCAUUUAAUUGUGAACUAUGGAGCAGCCUUGAAUCCUUCAGAGCAGAGUCAUCAGAGAGAUGGAUUUCCAAACAUGUUACCCAAGGAAACAGCCAAUGUCACAACGGAUAAUGUGCUUACUCCUAAACAUAAUGAAAAAGGAAUAUUGUUUAAAUCCUCCAUCAGCUUUCAAAACAUCAGAGAUGGAACCAAAAAUUUCCACAAAGACUUCCUAAUUGGAGAAGGGGAGAUUUUUGAGGUAUACAGAGCGGAGAUCCAAAACCGAACAUAUGCUAUUAAAUUAUUUAAACAGGAGAAAAAAAUGCAAUGUAAGAAACAAUGGAAGCGGUUUUUAUCUGAGCUUGAAGUUUUACUACUGUUUCAUCAUCCAAACAUACUGGAGUUGGCUGCUUAUUUUACAGAGAAUGAGAAGUUCUGCUUGGUAUAUCCAUAUAUGAGAAACGGAUCCCUUUCUGACAGAUUGCAGUGUGUAGGUAACACGGCCCCACUCUCUUGGCACAUUCGAAUCAGUGUUUUAUUGGGAACAGCCAGAGCCAUUCAGUACUUGCACAACACGGAGCCGUGCUCAGUCAUCUGUGGCAGUGUAUCAAGUGCAAACAUACUUUUGGAUGAUCAGUUUCAACCCAAGCUAACUGAUUUUGGCAUGGCGCACUUCCGACCCCACCUGGAACACCAGAGCUGUACCAUAAGCGUGGCCAGCAGCAGCAGUAAACAUCUGUGGUACAUGCCUGAAGAGUACAUCAGACAGGGCAAACUUUCCAUUAAAACGGAUGUCUAUAGCUUUGGAAUUGUAAUAAUGGAGGUUCUAACAGGCUGUAAAGUGGUGUUAGAUGAUCCAAAGCAUAUCCAGCUGAGGGAUCUCCUUAUGGAAUUGAUGGAGAAGAGAGGCCUCGAUUCAUGUCUUUCAUUUCUAGAUAAGAAAGUGCAUCCCUGUCCUCGGAACUUCUCUGCCAAGCUCUUCUCUUUGGCAGGCCAGUGUGCUACCUCGCGGGCAAAGUUAAGACCAUCAAUGGAUGAAGUCCUAACUACUCUUGAAAGUACUCAAGCCAGCUUAUAUUUUGCUGAAGAUCCUCCCACCUCCCUAAAGUCCUUCAGGUGUCCUUCUCCUCUCUUCUUGGAGAACGUACCAAGUAUUCCAGUGGAAGAUGAUGAAAACCAGAAUAAUCAUUCACUGCCUCAUGAUAAAGGUUUGAGAAAAGUUGGAGUGACUCAGAAAGUUCCAUUCGAAUGCAGCCAGUCUGAGGUUACGUUUCUGGGUUUUGACCGAAAGACAGGCAGUGAGAGGAAUGAGGAUACCUGCGACAGGCCCAGUUCUUCUUGUAAAGAAAGUGGGUCUCCAAAGCAUGUAGCUCUAUCCCAGGACCCAGGGGCCUAUGGUACGGAUGUGGACCCUUCUGUAGAAGCUCCAGGCCAUUCUUACAGGAGCAGGCCAGUGGAGACCAGCUGUUCCUGUGAAUUUUCCUGGAACGAAUGUGAACAGUAUAAAAGGGAAUCGAUUUCACCAGACGAUAAAGAAGAAAGCAAGUAAUUGCUAAGGCACCCGAGGACAGGUAUCGUCUUGGGAAAACAUUGUCACCAUAAGUGAUGCUAAGAGGACUAUCAAUGGUGAGUUUGGGUGAUGCAGGUCAACAAUCUGGACGAUGUUAUUCCUUCCUUCCCAAUUCCCAAAACAGAGUGGCUUAAACCUAGUCUAAGUUAGAGCCAUUCAAAAUUACUUAAGAUCAUGACCUUUGACUUCAGACAAACAAAACCUACCAAAAAGGGACUGGAUUCUGUUGUCUUCGUCAUCAUCAACAUGAGCCCUCAGAGCCUCCAGUCUGCUAUGUACGGUCAGUUCAGUUAGAUUCCAUUGUUCUGUUUAGCUUGCUUGAGAUGGUUGUAGGAAGUGUCUAAUUUGUAAAUGUUAGCAGAUGCCUUUUUAAAUAAUUGCCCUUUUGUUUACUUCAGUUAACCCUUAGUAUUUUUUCUGUUCAUCCCUAUCAAGCCUGCCUGUCUGAAAAUGAGCCAGAUUCGCUCCCGACUAUGACAUGUUCUGUGGAAAGAGGGAAUUCUUGUCCAAGAUCUGUAUUUCUGUAUUUAAACUCUUAGGAUAGUUUAUCAUGUAUCAUAUAGUUGUUGGCUAUUGUUACAAUUUUUUUUUUGCAAACUAUUAUAUCUUGAGUAGAAUGUAUGAAAUUUUAA